AUGGGGGACGAUCCGACACGGUUAUAUCGCUUGGACGGAGUCGCUCAUAUAGCCGGGGUCAUCAACGAGGAGCCCCAGCGAUGCAUUAGGAGCAUGCGGCGGCAGCAGGGCAUGCGACUUGAUGACAGAUACGUUCCGUACUUGCAGAUGGCAGGUCUAUACCAUCUUACAAGGCUGAACGACCGAUGGUUCCGGCUAGACGAAGCCCUUGUCAGUGCAUUCGUGGAGCGAUGGCGUCCCGAGACGCACACCUUCCAUAUGCCGUUCGGAGAGUGCACGAUCACACUCCAGGACGUGGCAUACCAGCUGGGUUUGCUAGUGGACGGCCGUUACGUGAGCGGGUGCUUGUCAGAGUUUCAUAUAUACAUCGAGGGUGGCCGUCCAUCCUGGGUCUGGUUCCAGGAGUUGCUCGGAGUUAUACCUCCUCCCAGUCAGGUUCAGAAGUACGCAGUGAACUGCAGCUGGUUUCAGGAGACUUUCGGUGAGUGCCCUGAGGAUGCAGAUGAUGACACUGUGCGCCGAUAUGCCCGUGCGUAUAUCAUGAUGUUGUUGGGCACGCUACUAUUUGCGGACAAGUCAGGGAACCGGAUUCACAUCAGAUGGCUUCCGUACGUAGCGAGGCUGGAGGAGCUGGGUACCUACAGCUGGGGUUCUGCCGCACUGGCUUGGUUGUACCAGUGCAUGUGCCGAGUGGCGAACAGACAUGUCGUCAAGUUAGCGGGCCCGCUUCAGCUACUUCAGUCUUGGAUCUUUUGGCACUUUCCUCGGUUUAGGCCUGCAGGAUAUGAGGAGUUGAUAUACAUAACUGCUUGCCCUGACAAGGGUGAGUUCCUUUUGCAGUUUAUAUGGAUGCCGUACAGUAGCCCCGACGUACUUCAGGUUGUGCAUCCAGAGGUUUUGGAGCCUCGGCAUAUGGCGUUGUGGCGCUCUGUGACCGCGCUGAUCUACUUUGCUGUCAUAGAGUGGCAUCAGAUAGAUCGUGUUCUUCCGCAGUUUGGAGGGGUACAGCCCCCUCCGCAUCCCGCCCUGAACAUUGACUUUCUGAUGUCCAAGGACGGGAGAGGCGGCGAUCGAUGGUUCCCGUCUACUUUGCAGAAGUGGCAUCUCCUUUGGGACUCUCGUCAGGACUGUGUGCUGAGGUUCGACGUUGUUGCCGACCCCGGACCGUCGCAUGCGUUCCUUGAUUGGUGGAGUCAGCAUGGGAAGAGGUUCUUGUCUCCGGAGACGCAGUUGGGGAUCCUAGAGCAGUUCUGA